AUGGAGCAGAUCAGAUUUGUGCGGCUGCAGAGUCGUGUUUGUGGGAGUAGAGGAGCCAGCAGCCAGCAGCAUGCCUCUACCGAGGGGGAAGAAAGCCCAGGUCCCCGCUGGAGUCAGAUCCUCAAGCUGAACGCACAAGGAGAAGGCCCGCAGGCGAAGAGGUCCUUCCCUCCACAUGGAGGCCCCGAGAAGAGUACUGCUUUCAUCGACAUCACUAAUGCUCAUAAGGUUCAGAUCAUCCUUCCAGGGAGGAAGAAGGAAGCGGCGAAGAAGCAGGGAAAGAAAAGGGCGCCACCUCGGUGUCCGGCCAAGAAUCAUGCCAACCUGAAAAAGUCUUCGUCUAUGAGCUCAGAGGGGACGCCCGCCGAGAAAGACAAGACCGACGCAGAGGAGGAAGAGGUGCAGAAUGCAGCAGCUCCAGUAGAAGAGCUGGUGGCUGCUGCAGCGCCUCCUGCUGCCCGUGAAGUGCCAGCACACCUUCAGAAACAACAAAUCCCAGAGGAGUUUGACAUCGACUCUGAGAACUCUGAGGACGUUAUUUUGUGUCCGGAGUACGCGAAGGACAUCUUUGACUACCUCAAACAGAGAGAGGAGAAGUUUGUCCUGUGUAACUACAUGCCCAAGCAGCCCAGCCUCAACCCAGAGAUGAGGGCCAUCCUGAUCGACUGGCUGGUGGAAGUACAGGAGAACUUUGAGCUGUAUCAUGAGACCCUGUACCUGGCCGUGAAGAUGGCAGACCACUACCUGUCCAAGACUCCAGUCCACAGGGAGCUGCUGCAGCUCGUCGGCUCCACCACCAUGCUCAUAGCCUCCAAAUUUGAGGAGCGCAGUCCGCCUUGUGUCGACGACUUUCUUUAUAUAUGCGACGAUGCGUACAAGAGGGAGGAGAUCAUCUCCAUGGAGGCCAGCAUCCUGCAGGCGCUGUCCUUCGACAUCAGCAUCCCCAUCCCCUACCGCUUCCUCAGACGCUAUGCCAAGUGUGUGAGCGCGGGCAUGGACACGCUGACUCUGGCCCGGUUCUACUGUGAGAUGAGCCUCAUGGAGAUGGAGCUGGUAGCCGAGAGAGGCUCGCGGCUCGCCUCAGCCUGCCUGCUGCUGGCGCUGGUCACCAAAGACCUGGGAGGAUGGAGUCCCGUCCUGCAGUUCCACUCCGGCUACCAGACAUCUGAUUUGGUGCCCGUCGUCAGAAAGCUCCACGAGAUGCUUCUAGCUCCUGCUGACGACAAACUGAGAGCCAUCAGGAACAAAUACUCCCACAAGGUGUUUUUCGAGGUUGCGUCUCUGCCAUUGGUCGACGCUGACACUUUGGACAAAGCUUUAUCUCAGUGAAAAUAAUAUCUUUCCUACCUUGAGUGAAAAAUUUUCCAAAUUUUCCCUCCAACCUGUAUAUAAUUUGUUAAUAUGUUUAAUAUUUAUACAUGUAGUCCAGCUUGUCUUUUAUAUAAUAUUGGAAAUAAAUCUUUUAAUUCCACUUUGAGAAGGAAAAGAGUUCUUAUGUGGGCAUUUGUUCUGCCAGCAGUGUAUCGUUGAAGUUAUUAAUAACGCCUUUUUAGUGUUACAUUUGAGUUUUUUGGCAUUCAUUUUAUAACAUUUUAUAAGAGGAUAUAAAAAUCGUAAUUCAUUAUUAAUUUGUAAGCCCCGUCUGUCUCUCUGUGUGUAUAAUUUAAAAAGUAAGUUUUAAGAUGAUGGCGAGAAUUUUCCUGCUGGAUUAUGCAGCGGCCCGGCCCACAUGUUUUUAUAGGUUUUCAUCCAGUGUUGAAGUUAGCAGGUGUGCUUAUAUGUUGUACAGAGUUUAUCAUGUUAAUAUCACUAUGCUAAUUAUUUGUAUAAAAAGACGACCGGAUGAUGUUGUGCUAUUUUAAAUGGCUGUCAUGCGUACUCUUAAAAUAAAGUUGUGCUUUUUUUCAUGUGUUUGA